CUCCGCAGCACCCAAACCCUAUAAGAAGGAGGCGAGAGCCUCCGCCGCCAAUCUUCCACACGCUUCCGCCGCCGACGACGACGACGACGACGCUAACCGACCGAGCGCGAGCACCGCACCGCCGCCGCCGCCGCCAUGGUGAACGUUCCGAAGACCAAGAAAACCUACUGCAAAAACAAGGAGUGCAAGAAGCACACGCUUCACAAGGUCACUCAAUACAAGAAGGGUAAGGACAGCCUGUCUGCCCAGGGAAAGCGUCGUUAUGACAGGAAGCAGUCGGGAUACGGUGGUCAGACCAAGCCCGUUUUCCACAAGAAGGCAAAAACCACCAAGAAGAUUGUGCUGAAGCUGCAGUGCCAGAGCUGCAAGCACUACUCCCAGCGCGCCAUCAAGCGGUGCAAGCAUUUUGAGAUCGGUGGAGACAAGAAGGGCAAGGGAACGUCUCUCUUCUAGAUUGCUUUCACCUAUCUGGAGUCGUUGUGGUCAAGAACUAUUACUACUUGUCUUGAUGUUUUUGAUGUUAUGAGUUGAAUUGACCAGACCUUCUAAUGUAUCCAAACCCCUUUAUCUGGCAUUUGAGCAAGGACCGACUUGGCAAAAUGAUCUUUUGUGGCUUGAAUCCCCUUUUAAUCUGAGGUGCUGCCAUACUGUUGACAUGAAUGUCCUGUGCACCGAUUGGUAUAAUUUGACCUUCGCUGCUGCUGUUUAUAUGCUGUUGGUGGACAGAUAUGAUAACUUAUCUAGGCAGGACUGGUAAAAUGCCUAAGUGUGGACAGUGUCAGUGAGAUGGUUUGUGAUUAAUCCCGAGGGAAUGAAUCUAAGUGAGGUCUAUGCUUGCUGUCUUAUGGGCUGUUUCUGAUGUAUGAGGUUUUCUCUGGCGAGUUUUAUGUCUAUAUAUGUUCGCAUGAGUGAAUCUUAUGCAAUUAUGAAUUCUGAGGGCUGUGAUUGUCUUUUUAUGUUGUUGUUACAUAUAUGUUUCUGCGUUCUCAUCAAUUCCUUUAUCUCCACCUUGUCGCUGUAAACGAUUUGUUGCGAUCUGGUCAAUAUGGAGGGCCAUAUGCUGGUGCAAAAUUCAACCCCUUAAGGUUCAGGCAAACCGUGUCCAAGUAAAGUAAAAAAUGGUUCAGACAAAUAGCUAUAAUAAGAUCUUCUCAUGAAGUGUGACAAAACUACAUCAACACAUGGAGAUAUCAAUCAGUCGAGCAAUGAGUGCUUUUCAUCAUCUUUUUUUUUUUUGAUAAAUUCUUUUUUCCUUUUAGCUGAACUAUUUUUUGAGACAAUCGUUUUAGCAGAACUGAUCAGGCGAGAAUAUCCAGUUUUUGUUUAAAAAGGUGAAGAGAAUACUCAUUAUCUUUUUAAUUUUUUUUUAGGGGUGAGAAUACUCAUUAUCUACUAAUUAUUUUUUUGAGUGUCAGAAGACUCAUCAUCUUUGUACGUGAGCGUGGGCCGAGGCGUUGGUUUGGAGGCCCAAUUAUGCCUACGAACCAGAGCCCAACCGAAUCGGAUCAGAACGCCGUCCCGUGGCUGAUCCGAGCCGUCCACCCGCUAGGGUUUCCCCUUCCCAGCACCCUACCCCCCUAUAAAGUAGGAGGUGAGAGCCCCCGCCGCCAACAAUCUACGGAGAUCGGGUUCGUCCACACACUUCCGCCGCCGCCGCCGACGACGCGAAAAGGAGAGCGAGGCCGACUCCGCCGCCGCGAUGAGGGCCAAGUGGAAGAAGAAGAGGAUGAGGAGGCUCAAGAGGAAGCGCCGAAAGAUGAGGCAGCGAUCCAAGUAGGCGCCUUGGAGCAGCGGAAGCAUCAUCCUACAUCCAGGCUGCCAGGCACCGAGGGAUGACGGCAUGGUCUAGUGAUUCCUGGCGUGUUUGCUGCUAUGGCUGUGGAAGCUGUUUAACCUGUGUUAUGUCCAAUUUAGCUGUUUAAUUCUAGUCUGGUUAUGUUCCAAGACAGAGUUUUAUGUAAUGUGGGGAUUAUAUGUGUUUGUGACUGAAUUUUAUGCACCUAUUAAUUUUGCGGCGUCUCA